AUGCAAAUCUCCCGCCUCGCGUUAAUCCUCGGCUUAAUCCUCGCUGUAACAACCUCCUAUGCCUCUUCAGUCACCGACAACGACGUUGCAAUCGACGAAGCCCAACACAGAGACGGCAGCGAUUCCAGCGGAUCCGCUCCGCGCUUCUCCGGCAACAAAUAUAAGAAAAAGAAGAAGCCCAAGAAACCAAAACCUGAGAAGGGAUGUCAGUCUGGAUGUAAUGAGACGGAGGCGGCUAAUAGUACGGCGUCGGCGUUGGGGAUGAGUUUGCGGGGUGUGGUGCUGGGGACUGGUGGGGUGAUGGUUGGGAUUGCUGUUUUGUAG